GAGAUUUACCAUUUAUUGCUACCAUCAUUUCUCUCUCUCCCUCCUCAAAAUUUGUGAAUUUUGCAAAGCUUAAAGGAUACCCAUUUCAUAUUUUAUGGCCUCUUAUAAGCUUUGAUAAUGAAUGCAAGUUAUGGUGAUUAGAGCUAUAAAGAUGGAAUCUUUCGUGUUUGGUUACACUAUGUGAAGUGAGUUUUCAAUUGGGCUGGUCUUAAAAAGGAUCUAAAUUGAUAUACUAGAUUUUGUUUUUUGGAUAUUGUCUUCAAGAAGGAGUAUUAGUUUCAUGGCUGGAAGUAAUGAAGUCAAUCUCAAUGAAAGCAAGAUGGUGGUACCCCUGAAUACAUGGGUCCUCAUAUCAAAUUUCAAGCUGGCUUACAAUCUUCUUCGUCGUCCUGAUGGGACUUUCAACCGCCACUUGGCAGAGUUCCUUGACCGGAAAGUUCCUGCCAACGCAAAUGCAGUUGAUGGGGUUUUCUCAUUUGAUGUUAUCAUUGACCGUGGGACUAGUCUUCUUAGCCGGAUCUAUCGACAGGCUGAUGCGCAAGUAUCACAACCAAAUAUUGUUGACCUUGAGAAGCCUGUCAACUUGGAUGUUGUCCCUGUCAUAAUCUUCUUUCAUGGUGGAAGCUUUGCUCACUCUUCUGCAAACAGUGCUAUAUAUGAUACACUCUGUCGCCGCCUGGUGGGCCUUUGCAAGGCUGUGGUAGUGUCUGUGAAUUAUAGGCGUGCACCUGAAAAUCGAUACCCAUGUGCUUAUGAUGAUGGAUGGACUGCUCUGAAGUGGGUUAAUUCAAGGGUAUGGCUCCAGAGUAAGAAAGAUUCUAAAGUUCAUAUAUACUUGGCUGGGGAUAGCUCUGGUGGUAACAUUGUUCACCAUGUUGCUUCAAGAGCAGUAGAAUCAGGAAUUGAAGUAUUGGGCAACAUACUGCUGAACCCAAUGUUUGGUGGGAAAGAGAGAACAGAAUCGGAGAAGCGAUUAGAUGGCAAAUAUUUUGUAACUCUCCAGGACCGAGAUUGGUACUGGAGAGCAUUUCUUCCUGAAGGAGAAGAUAGGGACCAUCCAGCAUGUAAUCCAUUUGGUCCAAAAGGUAAAAGCCUUGAGGGAAUGAAAUUCCCCAAGAGUCUUGUUGUGGUGGCUGGUUUAGAUCUUGUUCAGGACUGGCAAUUGGCAUAUGCUGAAGGUCUCAAGAAGGCUGGUCAAGAUGUGAAACUUUUAUAUCUGGAGCAAGCAACAAUAGGGUUCUACUUGUUACCCAAUAACAAUCACUUCCAUACAGUGAUGAAUGAGAUAAGUGAAUUUGUGAGUCCUAACUGUUAAUAGGGUUAACUAUACCAACUGGAAGCCAUACUUGACCGAAGCUUGACGAUUCCUCUUUGGCUAAUUACGUGUUGUUUGCUGUUUAUAUGAUUGUGUAGUGUUAGUACUUUCUGUUUUAUUGAUCAUACGUUGUUGCAUUCUGCUACUCUAAGGUCCGGUUCUUCAAGUUUCUGAAACAUCUGGGUUCUGUUAUCGGGUGCAGAAGGUGGUUCAGCAUCUAGCUUGUUCGGAAUAUGUUCUGUUAUAUAUCCAUUUUCCUGAACUCGAGUGGUGUAGUUUUUGAAGCUUUAGUAGCAGUGGGGGGCUGUCUCACUCAGUUUCACAGACCUACCACAUUUAAGGUUACCCUUUCUGACUUCCAGCCCCAAAGGAGAGGAAGACAGAACUACUGAGUUUAUAUUUGGUGGCUGAUCCAUUGCGGUCUAUGGGUCGAAACCUCACUAAUGUUAUAUGGCUAAUUUUAGAACAUGGAUAGGAAGAAAGUCCAUGGUACUGUGAUCCUGUAUGUUUAUAGAUAUGAUUUAGUAUAUAUAAAGGUGUUUGCUUAUCUUUUCUUUCUCA